AUGGUUCAACCACCGGAUUAUGUAUCACGAGAGCAUCCAGAAUUUGUAUGCAAGCUUAAGAAGGCACUCUAUGGCUUGACAAAGCUGCAAGAGCUUGUCCUCCUAUAUGUGGAAGACAUGAUUGUGAGUGGCAAUGAUGAGAAGGAGAUUGCAAAGCUUCGAUCCAAACUCUCAAGAUUCUACUCAGCAACACCAUCUUAA